UCUAAAGGGAGAGCCAAAUCCAAUCUGCCAUGGCCAAGUACCAUCGCCCCAAGCAAAGGGCGCUGGGCACCCCAUAUCUACCCACCAGCCGUUCUCCCUAUAUAUAUUGAUUGGGAAAUUGGGCAUAGAACCGGGAUCGAAAGGGACACGCAAGCUUCACCCACACAAGGCCACAAGAUCCUCCCUACGCCACACGCUCCUCCUACAUAGUAAUUGCUAACCGCGCUGCGUUGAUUCACUCGUCGGUGGCUCAGAGACCUGCACCAAAACAGCCGAGGCAAAGCUUGCCCCGAGUCCUCGUGUUUUUUCCCCCUUUCUCCCCCUUAGUCUUAGGACUCGGCGUUUUGAUCCCGCCUCUGGGGUCGCUGGCAAUGGCGCGAUGCCGGGGGACCGCCGAGAGCCUCUGCCAGGGGCGGCUCGACCUCGACGACGACAAGUUCGGCGCAAUGUGCACCACCGCGUUCGGCUGCCUCCAGGAGUGGCCGGACCUGGGCGCCAUGUGCGGCGCGAACCUCGGCGUGCCUGCCAUGGCCGGCAACGGCAACGAGUCCUCUUGCAGCGGCAGCGGCGGCUCCAGGAAGAGGAAACCGGACGCGUACGACGGCCUCGAUGCCACGCAGGGUGGUGCAAACGACAUGAGCAAGAGACCCAGAGGGAAGCGGCUGUCUGGCAUCUCUGAGAUCGUGGCGCCAGGGAAAGGGAAGCAGGAGCGGCCAAAGGCAGGCACAAAGAAAAAGGCCGAGGCUGCAUCGGCGGCGGCGGCGGCUGCUGCUGCCGGCCAUAAGACCGACUACAUCCACGUCCGGGCCCGCCGCGGCCAGGCCACGGACAGCCACAGCCUCGCCGAGCGGGUGAGGAGGGAGAGGAUCAGCGAGCGGAUGCGGUACCUGCAGGAGCUGGUGCCCGGGUGCAGCAAGGUCACGGGCAAGGCCGGCAUGCUUGACGAGAUCAUCAACUACGUGCAGUCCCUGCAGAAGCAAGUCGAGUUCCUGUCCAUGAAGAUCGCCGCUUCCAACCCGGUGGUGAGCUUCGACAUCGUCGAGGACCUCUUCGGCCGGCAGCUGAAGCAGUCACGACGCAGCCCGGCGGCAGCCCUGCCCGCGAUGGCUCUGCCGGCCGGCCAGCUGGAGCCGUCCUGCCUUCAGAUGAGCCACAUGCCGCAGAUGCAUCCAUCUGCAGCGGCAAACUCCACCGGAUUUGGGCUGGACAUGGUCGUCAACAACCCGUACGCGCCCGCCGGCGCGAGCUGCCCUGUGUCGGCUGCCGCGUCGGUAUCGGUGGCGGCCGGACCGUCGACGACCGAGCCGUGCCUCAACGUGAAUGGAACUGCUGCCUGGGACAUUGGCUCCCGGAAUUUGUUCAGCGGAUUUGUUGCACAGUUUCAGUCAGUAGAAAGUGAGUAGCUGCUUCCUGAAGACCAAGCCAGCAGUCACUUGGCCUCAUGUGAAAUGAAAAAAAACACAGUAGUGGUUAGAUCAGGGCAAAAUAAACCCCUACGGCCCAACCUGAACAUGUUUAAAGUUCAGAGUUCAUAAUGGCCGUACAUGCCAUCACGGAAUUCCCAAACUGGCGGACGAUCCAAUAACUCUACCAAAAAAUGAGCACAUCAAACAAAAUUUGACUAUGUUCAUGCAAAUUCAGACUUGUAUGAGCCGUGUAUAUGUUACCGUGAAGUUAAGAGACUUUUAUACAUUUAACUUCAGCAUGA